AUGGAUUUGUCGUCAUCGUCGUUAGCGUGGGACGGCACGUGGCGCUUUCACAGCCCAGCAUUCCAAGUCGAUUCCUCUGGCUUGAUGACAAGUGUGCUGACUGUAGUGCGAAGUCUGAGCAUGGGACUUGGGUUUCACCUGGUGCUGUCGCCCCCUUCCCUUUUUGUUCGAUCGGAAUUGGCGCUGUUCUCUACGAUUUGGUCCGAGUUUGUCCUGGACGGCAAGCCGCGGGUGCUGCGGGUGUUUCCCAAUGGCGAGUCCACCAUGUCGAAUGCCGGCGGUCUCAUGUAUGGAGAUUACAUGGGGUUUACCAUCGAUGCCAACCGCACCCUGUGUGUGGACGUGGUUUGCUGGCCAGUCCAGGGCGGUACCGCCUCGUGUUAUGUCAUUCGACUGGUGCUCCGCCGGUCCCUUCCCCAUUUCCUGCAAAUCAGCGCCACCGUGCAAGUUACCCAUAAGGUCACGGACCAAAUCACGUGGAACAUGACAGCUGCGGAACGUAUGGACGUGCUGCGUCGGUACACGCUCGCAACGGUGUUGGUCGUGGAGGUUGGGUACACUCGAGCUUUGUUACCACAAGAAGGCUAG